CCAGCUCCCUCUUGCUUCCCCACGCCCUCUUUCGCUCUGCUUUUUUAAAACCGGGGAGGCGAGAUACUUGCUUACUCGGCUGGAGCGGUGCGCGGCGUGGCUGGUGUUGAGGUUGAGUGGUAAAGGAAACAAAGAAUUUGAAAUUAUGGCAGGAAAGCCUAAGCUGUACUACUUUGAUGGACGAGGCAAGAUGGAAUCGAUAAGAUGGCUGCUAGCAGCUGCUGGCGUAGAGUUUGAAGAGGAAUUUCUGGAGACACGAGAACAAUAUGAGAAACUUCUACAAGAUGGGGACCUCCUGUUUCAGCAAGUUCCUAUGGUGGAAAUUGAUGGAAUGAAGAUGGUGCAAACUCGAGCUAUCCUCCACUACAUUGCAGCCAAGCACAAUCUCUACGGAAAGGACCUGAAGGAGAAAGCCCUAAUUGACACGUAUGUGGAAGGAACAACUGAUCUAAUGGGCCUAAUUAUGAUGUACCCUUUUUUAACAUCCGAGGAUAAGAAAAAACAACUUGCCACACUCACUGAGAAAGCGACCAACAGAUAUUUUCCUGUGUAUGAAAAGGUGUUGAAAGAUCAUGGGCAGGAUUUUCUUGUUGGCAACCAGUUCAGCUGGGCAGAUGUACACCUCCUUGAAGCUAUUUUAAUGGUUGAGGAAAAGGCCUCUGACAUCCUCUCGGAAUUCCCCAACUUGCAGGCUUUUAAAGGCAAGAUAAGUAAAAUUCCCACUAUUAAAAAGUUUCUGGAGCCAGGAAGCCAGAGGAAGCCUGUGCCGGAUGACAGAUACGUGGAGACUGUGAGAAGGGUCCUUCAGGCCUAUCAUAAUGUGAAACCUACUUAGUUCCAAACUACAAGUGCCAGUGCAGAAUCACGAUGGUUAUAAAAGGACCUCUUGUUUCAUCAAACAUGGUGUUACGCUAAAGACAAGUGACACUUAGAUAGGUCUACUUUAGAAACCCAUUUACUGAUUAACAGGUAAAUGGUAGGGGUAGCCUGUAGCAAAGGGAGGACACGAUAUAUAACAUGUAUUCCAAUUAUAAGCAGGUAUUUUGAUCUAGAAUCCUAGGCAUAAUCCUCUUUAAAGAGAGCUUUUGAGUAUUUGACUGCAUCAAGCAAAGCAAAACUCUGUCUGAACAGGCUGAUAAAAUAAACGGUGUUAGUAGAGAAGCUCAGAUAACUCUGUUCUGCCCGGCAUUUGCUGCUGCCAACAGGAGUGAACACGUAGAACACGUUGAAGAGGAGUGAACACGUAGAACACUUUACAGACACGUAGAAAGGAUGCAUUGACCUCAAGUGAAUUCCAAUAAGUGGGUAUUGCUUGGGUGCCACAGUGUGACAGCUGCCGACUAAAAUGUCUACAUCCUCUUCUAUUAUAAAGCUUAAACCUGGUUUGUGAUAUUGAAGAGUUCAGUACUUUCUCCUGUACUUCAGACAAAGCCUAGAAUACAGUUUGUCUCUUUAUAAUAAACAGCUUGCAUACUAUGGAA